UUGGUGGAUGGUAAGCGGGUCAACAAAGCCGGGACUGGACGUUGGCCGCCGAGACGAGCCCGUCCGCAGGUAUAAAACAGGCUGAGCCAAAAGGAAACGAGUGCGAAUGUGCGAUUCAUCAUCAUAAAUUUCUCUCCCCCCACUUCGCAAAGCCAAAUCUCACCGGUGUUUGGCUAGUCCGCUCCAUUCCACGGCCUUUGCUGAGCACGGAGAUUCUUCUGUUCUGCGUUCCUGGUUGAUCGCCGGAGUUCUUGCUGCAGAUUCUGCGCCGUUCGUUACGAUUCUGAAGGGUAUCAGUGGUUAUAUCUGAAGGAAGACAAAAAUCAUUCAAUUUAUCAUGUCAGAAGGAUCGUCUGGAUCUUCCCCAUUAUCAGGACAGAAUAGAUUUAGUUCUUUGUCAGAUCUGAAGGACCUAGAACUAUCUUCAGAGUCUGGUUGCUUGUCCAUUGUUGUCCUAGGUGCUUCUGGAGACCUUGCUAAGAAAAAAACUUUCCCAGCACUCUUCCACCUUUUUCAGCAGGGAUUCCUGCAAUCUGGAGAAGUCCAUAUAUUUGGGUACGCAAGAUCAAAUCUUUCUGAUGACGCAUUGAGAGAACGCAUUCGUGGAUACCUCAAAGGAGCUUCAGAUGAACAUCUUUCACAAUUUUUGCAAUUAAUUAAAUAUGUUAGUGGUUCUUAUGAUAGUGGAGAAGGAUUUGAAUUAUUAAACAAGACAAUCUCAGAGUAUGAAACGUCAAAGGAAAACCAAUCAGGAAGCUCCCGCAGACUAUUUUAUUUGGCAUUGCCUCCGUCGGUCUACCCGUCAGUAUGCAAAAUGAUAAGAUCAUAUUGCAUGAAUCCAUCAUCACGCACUGGUUGGACAAGGGUUAUUGUUGAAAAGCCCUUUGGAAAGGAUUUGGACUCUGCACAAGAACUGAGUGCCCAACUCGGAGAGCUGUUUGAAGAAGAACAACUCUAUAGAAUUGACCACUAUUUAGGAAAAGAGCUGGUUCAAAACUUGCUUGUGCUUCGUUUUGCAAACCGCCUCUUGUUGCCUCUCUGGAAUCGUGAUAAUAUUGACAACGUACAGAUCGUAUUUAGAGAGGACUUUGGGACUGAAGGACGUGGAGGAUAUUUUGAUCAAUAUGGUAUCAUUCGUGAUAUCAUUCAGAACCAUUUGUUGCAGGUCUUCUGUUUGGUAGCCAUGGAAAGGCCUGUCUCUCUUAAGCCUGAGCACAUAAGAGAUGAAAAAGUCAAGGUUCUGCAAUCAGUGAACCCUAUAAAGCAUGAUGAGGUAGUCAUUGGACAAUAUGAUGGCUACAAGGAUGACCCUACUGUGCCAGAUGACUCCAACACCCCUACUUUUGCAUCUGUUGUACUGAGGGUAAACAAUGAAAGAUGGGAAGGAGUUCCCUUCAUUCUCAAGGCUGGUAAAGCACUAAGCUCUAGGAAAGCAGAGAUACGUGUGCAGUUCAAGGAUGUUCCUGGUGACAUUUUUAGAUGCAAGAAACAAGGAAGGAAUGAGUUUGUUAUACGCCUGCAGCCAUCAGAAUCCAUGUAUAUGAAAUUAACGGUCAAGAAACCUGGAUUGGAAAUGGCAACUGAACAAAGUGAACUGGAUUUAUCCUACGGGCUACGGUACCAAGAAAUAAAAAUCCCAGAAGCAUACGAGCGUCUUAUCUUGGACACGAUAAGAGGAGAUCAGCAGCACUUCGUUCGUCGAGAUGAGCUGAAGGCUGCUUGGGAGAUCUUCAGUCCUUUGUUGCACGACAUCGAUGCGGGCAAGCUGAAGUCCAUUCCAUACAAACCUGGAACCCGGGGCCCUCCUGAAGCUGAUGAAAUGAGCAAGAGGAUGGGGUAUGUGCAGACUCAUGGCUACAUAUGGAUACCUCCUACCCUGGCAAAAAUUUAGCUGUUGUCAGGUGCUGCCUGAUGAGGUUUGCCAACAAACAUUUGGGGGAAAAGAGAAGAAAUAAUCUGGGUACUGUAAUAAGAAACUUCUGCUUGUGGAAUCAGUGUACCAUUUACAAUAUGUAAUAAAAGAUGCCAUGUUGUAAAUUUACUCCUUGUUUGUGAAAUUUUCUUUUCACAUCUCUA